CCUUCUACUCCAACCCACAUUGCUUCUCAACUACUUCAAAUAAAACCUACGGCAUUCUCCCACCACCACCACCUCCUCCACCUCCACUACCACCGCCACCGCCACCACCACCACUACCUUUCUCUAACAUACUUAUUAAUUAUAUAUAUACAUAGAGAGAGAGAGAGGCUGAGCAGAAUUAGGAUGGAUCUUGUUUCGUUAGAGCAGAUGGAAAUGAAGCAAGACAAUGAAAGCACCCAGCAGCAGAAGCAGCUGGAACAGCAUUUUCAUGUUUUAGCGGUGGAUGAUAGUCUUAUUGACAGAAAGCUUCUGGAGAAGCUGCUCACUGUUUCUUCAUAUCAUGUGACUUGCGUGGAAUCUGGGGAUAAAGCUCUUGAGUACCUGGGUCUGCUAGAUGGCCGAGACAAUGAUACUACAUCUUCUUCUUCUUCUUCUUCUUCUUCUUCUUCUUCUUCUUCUUCCUCAUCAUCAUCUUCUUCAGCCAAACCUUCCCAGCAAGAGAUGCAGGGGUUGAAAGUGAACUUGAUCAUGACAGACUAUUGUAUGCCCGGGAUGAGCGGUUAUGAUUUGCUGAAACGAGUCAAGGGAUCUUCAUGGAAAGAUGUUCCAGUUGUUGUCAUGUCAUCAGAGAAUGUACCCUCCAGAAUCAACAUGUGUUUGGAAGGAGGGGCAGAAGAUUUCCUGUUGAAGCCUGUUCAGUUAUCGGAUUUGGAGAAGCUUCAACCUCAUCUACUCAAAUCUCUUAGCCAGUACCCCUGUGAAAACAUCAACAGUAGUAACGAGGAUGACGAAAACAUAAAUAAAAACAACAGUACUAGUUGCAGCAGCAGUAAGAGCAACAAUGGAGUUUGCAAAAGGAAGGCAUUAGUGUCUGCAGAUCCCUUAGAGAGAAGAUCAAAACUAAAAGAUUAGGGGUUGUAUAAGUAGUAAAGUUCAAUGGGGUAUAGUGCAUUUUCAAGUUAUGGGGCAUAUAUAUGACCCUAUGUUUCAUCAGAGUACGUACUACUGCUGGUUCCAAUAUCAGUUCAAAUAGAUCAUGAACAGUUCUAUGAGCA